CUCUUUUCUACUUUCCCCACUGCCCUACUGGAGAGGAAGAAGCCAGUGCAUGCGCGGGAGCUUGUGUGUGCGUGUGUGUGAAAUGUCAGCAUUGACAGUUUGAUCACAAUGCAGUGUAUUAUAAGGGACACCUUCUGCUUAUAUCCAAACGCAAAGGAUGAAUACGAUGUGUCUCUUUACGAGAAGUACUUUGUGUACGAGCCGUGCUACCAAAGCAGAGCUCGAAAUCGAGCGGAAGUGCGGCUCGACGAUGUCGUCGGCUGUCAUGUCAUGAAGGUAGCCGAACAUGUGACUUCAUUGAAAUGCACAUCCUCGUUUUUCUGUGUGUACGCGUACCAUUUGACUGGAAAGCGAAAAGGGACCCCGCAACAUCGCGACAAAAAGACGUAUGUGUUUGAGGUGGCUAACGGGGACACAUACGAGGAGAACCUUGCCGUCUCACGAAAGUGGCAGUCUGCUUUCUUGUGGCUACUUCGAGGUUUUAAGCUGCAUAAAGAUCGCCCCAUAGUCAUUCCAAAAGAACUUCCCGCACAACGACAUUACCUCGUCAUAGUGAACCCAAAGAGUGGACCGGGAAAGAGUCUGGAGAUAUUCCUUAACCGAGUGAGACCCAUACUCGCAGAGGCAGACAUCUCGCACCUUCUCCUCGUCACAGAGAGACAGAACCAUGCCAAGGAAUUCAUCAAGCAUCUCAAUCUGUCCCAGUGGAGCGGCAUUCUGGUUAUAUCUGGUGACGGUCUUCUCUUUGAGGUUUACAAUGGCCUUAUGGAGAGACAGGACUGGAAGAAAGCAGUCAAGAUUCCCAUAGGCAUCAUUCCUGGGGGUUCGGGCAACGGCUUGGCCAGGUCCAUUAGCCACGCGUGCGGGGAACCCUACAUAGCGGAUCCAAUCCUGGCAUCAACGCUGGGCAUCGUCAAGGGUCGUAUUGCUCCAUUGGACUUGAUGAAGAUAGAGACUCCGAGACACAGUCCUCUUUAUUCCUUCCUCACUGUUGGAUGGGGACUCAUGUCGGACAUUGACAUCGAAUCGGAGCGACUUCGCGCCAUCGGGGAGAUCCGCUUCACGUUGUGGGCUUUCUGGAGAGUGGCUAGCCUUCGAAUUUACAAUGGACGAAUAUCAUACCUGCCCGUCACUCAAAGAAAAGAGGCUUCCACGCCUGAGCACCACAGCUUCACCCAAAGCGACACAACAGCAAAAGGUUGCAUGACGAAUGGCAUGUUGGAGACAAAUGGAUUGAGACGCAAAUCUGCUUCGGCACCCGAGGCAUCUAGCUGGAGCAGCACGACGGAGUUGGACGAGGCGACUGCUGUGGAUCUUGAGGUGGUGACCGACAACCACGUCUGCAGGGCAGCGAAAGAGCCCUCACCGCCGGAGGUUGCUGAUAAUACGGACUCGUUUCCGAGUCUUACGGACCCUGUACCAUCGGACUGGACCGUGGAGGAAGGGAAGUUUGUUAUGAUCUACUCGAGCUUGCAGAGCCACCUGGGAACCCACCUGUUCUUCGCUCCGGAAGCUCGGCCCGAUGACGGCAUACUCUGGCUGCUCAUCAUUGAUGCUAACGUGACGCGUUUCCAGCUCCUAAACUACUUCAAGCAGCAAGAAGACGGGAACCACCUGAGCCUCCCGUACGUCCGCAUGGUUCCCGUCCGUGCCUUCAGGCUGGAAUCUUACACGGACUGCUUCAUGACAGUUGAUGGGGAGCUCAUUCGGACACCAGUGCUUCAAGCUAGAGUUCUCUCCGCUCUCGGACGAGUCCUUACCUUUUGAUAGUGCUUAGGUAGUUAAAACUAAAGUACGCGUCUCAUAGACCCCUCUCUUCUCUGUCUCGAGUCCCAAUGCGAUUCGUCUUUCUGUGCCAAUCCAUCUGUCGAAAGUAUUUCCACGCAGUUAAUUCGACGUCUAAUCUGGUUCUUUCAUUCGUUCUCUUGGCGUCUUUGAUUGUACGAUGCAAUCGAGCAUGGUCAUUACUUGGUCUUUUAGAUUUUACGUAGCAAUGGAGGGUCUCGACAAGUUUUCACUAAUAGGUCUUAGCUCUCACCACUGUUUCUUUUCUUCGUUUUUGAAUGGGUAUCUGCGAUCUGCUGUUGUCAAAUUCCAACCGAUAGCAUUAAUUGAAAGCGAUCACGAAAAAUGGUACUGACAAAUAUUUGCAAAUAUUUAUUUUAUGUUGCCAGUUCUAGAAAGGGUGGUGAAACGUACGUGAGACAUGUAUUGGGCUUAAUUAAGGAUUCUAGUCAGGAUUUAGAGAUUUAUGCGGGGCAAUACCUCAAUGUGAAGGCAGCUGAUCCGAUAGAAUGACCUUUCUUUCUUGCUCGAGCAAACUACUUUCGUACGUUUGAAGGUGCCUUAAAUAUUGACGCGACGAAAAAGUGCACUUACCAGGUAGGGCUGUAAGCCAGUUUGGAGCCUAGUUUGGUGUAUUUAAGACUCCACUAUGUUGUGUGUACAUAGUAGGUAUAUCUAUUACGGGGAAGUAUAUAUACAUUUUGUACCGCGAGAUUUGUAAAAUAAAUGGGUGUAAUCUUUA